ACACAAAUGGCGGACGGUGUAAACAACAGCUUCUCGGAGGCCGAGGUGACAAACAACCGAUUUUAAGAUGAACAACGCGGAGUGCGAGCGGCUGGACAGCCUGGAGGGAUGGGUGGCCGUCCGGAGCAACAUCUUCGAGGAGACCGAGACCUUCAAACUGGGCUUCAUCGUCCAGUGGAGCGUCAUCGAGUCCAAGUUCGCCGUCACCUGCCACAACCGGACGCUCCAGCGGCAGCGGCGGAGAGUCCCGGUGUCCGGGGACCAUGAGGUGAGCUGGGCCGGACUCUUCUCCGUCAGCGACCUCCGGCACAUCCACCAGCACUUCACCUGCGUGGCGGACGUCCUGGGCGCCUGCUUCCCGGACCUGGCCGACUUCGAGGAGGGCAACAUCUGGGACCUGCUCCUCCUCAGCAGCCGGAGAAGGUCCGGGGCCGAGGAGGAGGAGGACGACGGCCGGGACUUCGACAGCCCGUGUCGGAAGCUGGAGAAGUAUUUCAGCGCCGCCAUCGACAUCUGCGGCCGGAAAAUAGUCCUCGACACGCUGUUCACCCAGGACGAGAAGGACGUGGACGAGUACUUCGAAAACAUGCAGGAGUUCAAGAGGAAGACUAUGCAGGAGGAGAUGUCCCGGGUCAAAGGUCAAGUGCGACAGCUGCUGCAGAGUCACGGCAGCGCCGACAGAAUGGUGGCUCUGCUCGACAUCUAUGACGAAGAGGACGCGGCCUACCAGGACCUGGUCACUGUGGCCACCACCUUCUUCCAUUACCUGCUGCAGCCUUUCAGGGACAUGAGAGAGCUGGCCUGCCUCUACAAGAUGGAGAUCCUGAAGACUUUGGAGUUUGAGGACUUGGGUCCUAAGAGAAUUGCAGCUCUGGAGGCAGAGGCGGAGGAGUGGAGGACCAAAGCAGAAGACGCCGUUGCCUCGAUCCAGGACAUCACUGUCACCUACUUUGCACAGACUUCAAAGGCACUGGCUGGGAUGUUAAAGCAGAUGCAGGAGGACAAGUCUCGUUUUGGAGCUGCUGCCUGGGCGUCCGCGGUUCCCCGACUGGAGAAACUACGCUUCCUCUUUGCCAAAGAAACGCUGCAGCACAUGAGAGCCACAGAGAUGUGCCUCAACCGCAAGAAAGACGGCAUCAGAGAAAGGCUGAGCAGCCUGUCCGGAAGAGAGCACCGAGCUGACUCCAGGUCUGCGUCUGACGAUGGCCAGCAGCCGGACAGCGUGGACCAGCUGGAGCUGCAGUUCUACGAAACUCAACUAGAACUGUACGACACCAAGUUUGAGAUCCUAAAGAAUGAGGAGCAGCUGCUGAUGGCUCAGAUAGACACAGUGCGACGGCAGAUCAAAGAGCUGAAGGAGGAGGUGGUUUACUACGACGUGUGUGAGGAUCCAGAGGAGCUGCAGAGCUUGGUCCACACAGGGAUCCACCAAUCAGACCCACCCGCUGCCACUCCCCUCAAAAGACGCCUACAGACCCUGGAGGCCAAGAGAGGCCACAUCUGCGCCCGGCGAGCUUACCUCCGCAACAAGAAGGAUCAGUGCAUGGAUGCCCAAGGGCAGAAGCAUCACGCGGCCAAGCAGAGCUCCGAAGUCUUCAACCAGCAUCAUCAUGUCCGUCUGAAACGAGAGAAGAAGAAAGAGGAGGAGGACAGGAGGAAGACGUGGGUGGACCAGGAGCGAGAGAAGACUCUGAGCAGAUUACGAUCCUUCAGACAGAAGCGACAUGGCCAGUACAUCCUGAAAACUCCUCACUCCAGGAUGUCUCCUUCAGAUCUCGUCCCGUGUCCCUCCCAGCCGCUUUCCAUCAUCAGCCUCGGCCCCUCGUCCGAGUUUCCCUCCCUCUCCGUCGGUCCUGAGCCCAGACGCAAUCGAGCCUCCAAGAAACGGCAGCAGAAAGACGUGCCCGUCCAAAUCUACUGUGCUCCGCCGCCUCCGUCAACAAAUAUCCCUUCUGCGCCUCCGCCCCCGCCACCUCCUCCACCUCCCCCACCACUGCCCCCUGCCUUCCCUCCUCCUCCAGCCCAGGCUUCUCCUGAGGACACACCGAAGCCUCUCAGCGAAAACGAGGAGCCGCCUUUCCCAGCAAAGAACACGCUCAAGCAAAACAUAGGAACAAUGGAUGAAGUGUUGGCCUCACUGCAGCGUGGACAGACACGGCUUCGAAAAGUCCCUGAUCGCAAGACAGCGCCCUCUGCUGAUGACCCGAGGAACAGUCUGAUGUUGGCCAUCCGACACGGCGUCACCCUGAAGAAGGUGGAUCCUGCACGUGCUGAGGCCCCGAGCAGCGGAGACAACGAGCUGGAGCGCAGCAUCAAAGCCGCCAUGAUGAGGAUGAAGAAUGUAGCAGCCGACUCCGAUGAGGACGACAGAGAAGAGGACACACAGAGUAUAGAAUGGGACAGCUGAGAACACACACACACACACACACACAUAAAGACAGACACACUGGCCCUGUUCAGACCUGGUGUUGACAUCCGUCCUCACAGAUCUGAUCACAAGUGGACACACCUGAGAUGAAAACACCUCCUGUGAUCACUUCCACUUCGCUCUAUAUGCAAAUAAACAUAUACUUCGUUUCUGCUUACGAUUAACAAUGUUCUUACUGAGUGAGUUCACAGAUGAAGUUUGUGUGUGCUGGUGCAAGAAAUAGGUGGAGAGAGAGAAAGAGAGAGAGAGGGAGGGGUUAAAUUAAUGAACAUGCAGCUCUGCUGUGAAGAAAGAUUUGAUCUGAAUCAAUAAUCAUAUGAUGGUUAGUGUUGAUUUUGUGGUGCGUCAUCACUGAGAAGUGUAGACAUUCAUUUGAUUUGUUGUGGGACUGUUGCAGGUCAGAGGACGUGAUGUGAGUAGUUGGUCCUUCAUAUGUGGCCCAGGACUGAUCUGAGAUCUUAAAGCUGAGCACUAGUGAUCAGAUCAGUCAGGAUGUUAAUAUCAGGUCUGAACUGAUGAAGCUCUUCUCUUACUGAUUCUGUUGAUCCACCUUGUGUCGCGGCCAAAUUUUCAUCUUUAUGAAAACCUCCUGAAUUAUAUUAUUAUUAUUUAUGCUCCUGGAUAAAGGGGGCGUCGCUUCUUCUGCAACAAUGAAGUGAAAACACUGCACUGUGUCAUAAUCUGGGGGAAGAUCUUCUCUCCUGUCUGUAGGAGUGUGUGUGUGUGUUUGUGUGUGUGUGUGGGGGGCUCGUCGUCAUUGUGGCGCUUCGCACAAACUGGCGUAUUCAAAAGCAACACAUUUAUUUAGUUAUUAUCGAUGAUGUCAGAUCAUGAAUCCGGAUCGUUCCGGUCCCUUUAACCCUGAUGUCCUGGCUGCGCUCGCAUCAGGUCACGUGUUGUGUGUGAACUGAAAGUUUGACUUUUCUUUCAACUUGCUUUUUAAUUCUUCUGGCCUGAACACAGAUGUCUGUUGAAGUUUUAUUUGCAUUUGUCUUUUUAAAACCGCUCUGAGAUGUUAAAAUACGUUUAAAACGGCUUAAACCGGGAGCCAAUCAGAAUUUAAUCUCCCAUAAAGCAGUUUGGUUUGCAGAAAUCUCAAACUGUGCGAAUGAGGUGUUGAGCCUCAACGCUCGUUAAGGAGAAAAACCAGGCGGCGGUGCGGUGUGUGAAAUGAUUGUGUGUCUCCCGGCGCAGUGUGUGAAGGCCUUUUGUGAGACUGUAUCACAGCAGGGGAGGUCUGUGCUGCAGGCAGAGAUAAACACACUAUCGCCCUCGACUCCACUAUCACGAGAACUCAGUCGUCUCUCAUCGCUGAGUCUAAACUCAUUACUUUGAAUGUAAUUAAAUCCGAACAAUUGUUUUGUUGAUUUAAACUUUACCACAACAAGGGCUUCGACUGACUGGCUUUGUAUCUUUUCUUUGCAUUUUAUGACUAAACAAUAGAAGAGUAAUGUUGUGAAGUGAUAAUUAUUUACAGCCCAAAUGUCUAAAAGUCUGUUAUUGUUUUUCCUUGAGUCUGUUUGAUGCACUUAUCCCUGUUUUUCUUUUUGUGUAAGAACCGAAUGAAUGUUUUCAGUUUUAUUUCCUUGCAAUUUGUACAUGAUGUUUUAUUUCUUCCUCUCUGAUGCCAGAACAGAUUGAGAGAUGAUGCUUAGCCAUGUUUUUAGUGACAGAUACUUCCUCAACAGGUUGUUGACCUUAUUGACUUUGAACCUGUGACUUACCGGACCAGGUUCUACUGUAUCACCACAGACUGUAAAUAAGGAUGGACGACGUGACCGCUCCUAAAAGGUGAAGCCAAAAAGUCUCAAUCGCCCUCUGGUGGCUGGCUGCAGUAUAGGUCAUCAACCCCGACUCCGGGUCAUGGACUAAACAAAGUCCAAAUACACGUCAAAAAAUGUUUUUACGGUUUCUGUCAUUUACUGUAGUUCUAAUCACACUGUUUGUUCAAGUGUUUGUUUUUUUGCUAAGUUUGUUUUUAAUGACAGGAUGAAAUGUUAGGAUUGACGAUCACACACCAAAUGUGGAAGAUGUCAGUGUUUGUAUUUUAGCUUAAUUUCCUGACAUCGGGAGGAAGUGGAGACCCGUCGUCCAUCUUUUCAAACAUCUCUCUGUAUCACCCACACGAUACAACACUGAACAGUAAACAGCGUUAAAUAGGUGAAAGAGGAAAUGACAAUAAUCGCUGCACUUUGAUUUGAAGCAUGUGAUUCUGCAAAGACAUGAAACUCCCCCUGCGAGUUGCAGACCGACUCCGGGUGAAUGACGGCCGAGGCUGAAACCCACUUGUUCUGCUGAGUUUAAAUAAUAAACCAAGACACGAAAGAUCA